AUGCUCCCUGGAGCCUUGUUGUGCUGGGUCUCCCUCCUGUUCCUGGCCAGGCCUGCCCAGUCCUGCCCUGUGGGCUGUGAUUGCUUCAGCCACGAGGUGUUCUGCUCGGAUGAGCAGCUGGCUACCAUCCCUCCGGACAUCCCUCCGCACGCCACAGACAUAGUCUUUGUGGAGACCUCGCUGACCACAGUAGGAACCAGGGCCUUCGGCAACAGCCCUAACCUGACCAAGGUGGUCUUCCUCAACAACCAGCUCCAUCACUUUGGGCCGGAUGCCUUUGGGGGGCUGCCCAGGUUGGAGGAUCUGGAGGUCACAGGCAGCACCUUCUCCAACCUCAGUGCCAACAUCUUCUCCAGCCUGACCUCACUGGCUAAGUUCACCCUUGACUUCAACAGGCUGGAGGCUGUGCCGGAGGACCUCUUCCAUCACAUGGAUGCCCUGGAGUCCCUCCAGCUGCAAGGGAACUGGCUCCAGACCUUGCCCGGGAGGCUCUUCCAGCCUCUGAGCUGUCUGAAGAUGCUCAACCUGGCACAGAACCGUCUGGCCCAGCUUCCUGAGGGGCUGCUCCACCCCCUCACCAGCCUGCACACCCUGAAACUGAGCAGCAACAUGCUCUCCAGCCUCCCCAAGGGUGUGUUUAACAACCUGGGCAGCCUGCAGGAGCUGUUCUUGGACAGCAAUGCCAUCUCAGAGCUGUCCCCAGAGGUGUUUUCGAAGCUCUUCCACCUGGAGAAGCUGUGGCUGCAGCACAACGCCAUCAGUCACCUGCCACUCUCUGUCUUCUCCUCCCUGGGCAACCUGACUUUUCUGAACCUGCAGGGGAAUGCACUGCAGAUGCUGCCCACUGGUCUCUUCACACACACCCCAGGCCUGGUUGGCUUGUCCUUGUCCCACAACCAGUUGGAGACAAUUGCUGAGGGCACUUUCGCCAACCUGUCCAGUCUCGUCUCCCUCACGCUCUCCCACAAUGCCAUCACCCACCUCCCCGCUGGUGUCUUCCGGGAUCUUGAGCAGUUGGUCAAGCUCUACCUAGGAAGCAACAACCUGACGGCCUUGCAUCCAGCUCUCUUCCAAAACCUGUCGAAGCUUGAGCUGCUCAGCCUGUCCAGGAACCAGCUAACCACACUCCCAGGGGGCAUCUUUGACACCAACUACAACCUCUUCAACCUGGCCCUGUAUGACAACCCCUGGCAGUGUGACUGCCACCUGGCCUAUCUCUCCAACUGGCUGCGCCAGUUCAGCGAUCAUCUCUUCAACAUCCACACUUACUGUGCGGGCCCAGCCUACCUCAAGGGCCAGAUGGUGCCUGCUUUGAAGGAGGAACAGCUGGUGUGCCCUGUCACCCGGGACCGCUUGGGCUUCCAGGCCCUGGGUCUGGAUGACAGGGAACCGGGAGGCAGCUGGGAUCUGACAGUGGAGGAGAGGGCAGCCCACAGCCGGUGCACCUACAGCAACCCUGAGGGCACUGUGGUGCUCGCUUGUGACAAAGCCCAGUGUCGUUGGCUGCACAUCCAGCUGUCUCCCAGGCAGGGCUUGGACUCCCUGGUCAUGACAUACAAUGCCAGUCAAGAGUGGGACUUGAAGUCAAGUUGUGGCUCUGUGAGGGUCACUGUGUCUAUUGAGGCUGGGGUCAUCAGGCCCUAG